UCCAUCUCCAUCUCCAUCUCCAUCUCCAUCUCUAUCGCUCGCAAUGGCCCCCAAGGAAGCUGCCGCUGCCCCCAAGGCUGAGAAGAAGCCCGCCGGAAAGGCCCCCGCCAAGACCGCUGACAAGAAGGCCGGCGCUGCCGCCAAGGGCGGUGUUCGCAAGAUCACCCGCAAGGAGACCUACUCGACCUACAUCUACAAGGUUCUCAAGCAGGUCCAUCCCGACACCGGCAUCUCCAACAAGGCCAUGUCCAUCAUGAACUCGUUCGUUCACGACAUCUUUGAGCGCAUCGCUGCCGAGUCCUCCAAGCUCGCCUCGUACAACAAGCGCUCGACCAUCUCCUCGCGCGAGAUCCAGACCGCCGUCCGCCUGAUCCUCCCCGGCGAGCUCGCCAAGCACGCCGUCUCUGAGGGCACCAAGGCCGUCACCAAGUACCAGUCCUCCAAGUAAACGAAAGGCAUCUGGGGCCGAUUGCUGUCUCUCGCUGGCUCCUCCCAACUUGUGGAUCGGAUCGCUCCCGACAGCGUCUUUGGACGCUCGGCGGCCUGCGCGCUUUUGUAUUCUGUUCUCGACUGUUUUUUGUAUUGCUACUCGUCCUUUUCUUUUGCUGGGUCCAUUCUGCCUGUUUGCUGAUUGAUCCGCGAGACAUGGCUCUCGGGCGAUCGCUGGGAGGCCCUGGUUGUCGCUCGGCCCGCUUUCCGUCCUCCCGACACUUGGGUUUUGAAAUUGGUUCGUCUUCCCCCCCCCUCCACUUUCCUACAACGCACAGCGGUGUUUCUAAACACCUUUUGGACACGUCUGCCCUCCCCUCCCCUCCCCUCUCCCCAACACUGCACUCUGACCGAUGCUGUUGCUCUUUGCCGUCCACGAAGAGGAACUGUACAUAGCUCAUCCUAAUACACCGCAUAGGCAAAAA